GGGGUGCGGAACCAGCCCGGCCGCCUAUUCCCAUAGCCGCGGAGCAGAGCGUGCUGCCAUGGCGCGGGCCGGGCCUGGGACCCAGGACUCUAGGGUCCCAGCCCCUUUCCUCUUGCUCCUGCUGCUGCUCUGGGCCUCUGCCCUCUCCCUCCUGGCCGGAACCGUGCCUGUGGAGACUUCGAGUGCCUGUGCCUCAGACCCAUGCGCUCCAGGGACCAAAUGCCAGGCCACGGAGAGCGGCGGCUAUACCUGUGGGCCCAUGGAGCCCCAUGGCUGUGCCACCCAGCCCUGCCACCAUGGUGCUCUGUGUGUGCCCCAGGGUCCAGGGCCCAGUGACUUCCGCUGCUAUUGUGUGCCCGGGUUCCAAGGCCCGCACUGUGAGCUGGACAUCGACGAGUGUGCGUCCCGGCCCUGCCACCACGGGGCCACCUGCCGCAACCUGGCCGAUCACUACGAGUGCCACUGCCCCCUUGGCUAUGCAGGAGUGACCUGCGAGGCGGAGGUGGAUGAGUGUGCUUCAGCGCCCUGCCUGCACGGGGGCUCGUGCCUGGACGGCGUGGGCUCCUACCGCUGUGUGUGCGCGCCAGGCUACGGCGGUGCCAGCUGCCAGCUGGACCUGGACGAAUGCCAGAGUCAGCCGUGCGCUCACGGGGGCGAGUGCCACGACCUGGUCAACGGGUUUCGGUGCGACUGCGCAGACACGGGCUACGAGGGCGCACGCUGCGAGCAGGAGGUGCUGGAGUGCGCGUCGGCGCCCUGCGCGCACAACGCGUCUUGCCUCGAGGGCCUCGGGAGCUUCCGCUGCCUCUGCUGGCCAGGCUACAGCGGCGAGCAGUGCGAGGUGGACGAGGACGAGUGUGCGGGAGGCCCCUGCCAGCACGGGGGCCAGUGCCUGCAGCGCUCCGACCCCACCCUCUACGGGGGCGACGAGGCCCCCUUCCCGGGCACCUUCAGCUUCCGCCAUGCUGCUGGCUUCCUGUGCCGCUGCCCUCCUGGCUUUGAGGGAGCAGACUGCAGCAUGGACGUCGACGAGUGUGCCUCAGGGCCCUGCCUCAGUGGGGGCCGCUGCCAGGACCUGCCCAAUGGCUUUCAGUGUCACUGUCCAAAUGGCUACACAGGCCUGACAUGUCAGGAAGACGUGGACGAAUGCCUGUCGGAGCCCUGCCUCCACGGUGGGACCUGCGACGACACCGUGGCGGGCUACAUCUGCCGGUGCCCGGAGGCCUGGGGUGGGCAUGACUGUUCUGUGCAGCUCACCGGUUGCCAGGGCCACACUUGCCCACUGGCGGCCGCCUGCAUCCCCACCUUCGAGUCUGGGGUUCACAGUUACAUCUGCCGCUGCCCACCUGGCACCCAUGGAUCUUUUUGUGGCCAGAACACCACCUUCUCCGUGGUGGCUGGGAACCCUGUGCGGGCGUCAGUGCCAGCUGGUGGCCCCCUGGGUCUCGCACUGAGAUUUCGCACCACGCUCCCUGCUGGUGUCUUGGCUACUCGCACUGACACCCAAGGCGGCUUGGAGCUGGUGUUGGUGGGGGCCACGCUUCAGGCCACACUCUGGAGCCCCGGCAACACUGUGCUUGUCCUGAGGCUGCCAGACUUGGCCCUCAACGAUGGGCACUGGCACCGAGCGGAGGUGACGCUCCGCCUAGGGGUCUUGGAGCUGCGGCUCUGGCAUGAGGGCUGCCCUGCCUGGUCCUGCGUGGCCUCCAGUCCUGUGGCCCCGGCUCCUACAGCUUCCACGGCCCCGACACCUGCCGGGUCCUGCUCCGUCCAGCUGGGUGGCGUGGCUUUUGCGGGCUGCCUCCAGGACGUGCACGUGGAUGGACACCUCUUGCUGCCUGAGGAUCUUGGGGAGAAUGUCCUCCUGGGCUGUGAGCGCCACGAGCAAUGUCAUCCUCCGCCCUGUGCCCACAGAGGGGCCUGCGUAGACCUGUGGACUCACUUCCAUUGUGACUGCCUCCGGCCCUACAGUGGUCCCACGUGUGCUUAUGAGGUUCCUGCUGCCACCUUCGGCUUGGGGGGCGCCCUGAGCUCUGCCUCCUUCUUGCUCCAGCAGCUGCCAGGCCCCAACCUCACCUUGUCCUUCCUCCUCCGCACGCGGGAACCUGCUGGCCUGUUGCUCCAACUUGCCAAUGACUCAGCAGCUGGCCUGACGGUGUUCCUGAGAGAGGGCCAGAUCUGGGCCGAGGUCCUGGGCAGUCCUGAUCUGGUGCUUCCCGGGCGCCUGGAUGACGGGCUACGCCACCUGGUGACACUCAGCUUUGAGCCUGACCAGCUGCAGGGCGUGGGGCAGCAGGUGCACGUGGGCGGGAGGCUCCUCCCUGCUGAUGCACAGCCCUGGGGUGGGCCUUUCCGAGGCUGCCUCCAGGACCUGCGACUCAAUGGCCUCCACCUCCCCUUCUUUCCACUGCCGCUGGAGAACUCGAGCCAGCCCAGCGAGCUGAGCGGCAGGCAGUCCUGGAACCUCACCAUGGGCUGCGUCUCUGAGGACGUGUGCAGUCCUGACCCCUGUCUCAAUGGUGGGACUUGCCUCGUCACUUGGAACGACUUCCAUUGCACCUGCCCUACCAACUUCACGGGGCCCACGUGUUCCCAGCAGCUGUGGUGUCCUGGCCAGCCCUGCCUCCCACCCGCCACCUGCGAGGAGGUCCCCGAUGGCUUUGUCUGUAUGGCCGAAGCCACGUUCCGAGAGGGCCCCCCAGUCGCAUUCAGCGGGCAUAACGCGUCAUCGGGGCCCGCACUCAGCGGCCUCUCCCUCGCCUUCCGCACGCGCGACUCCGAGGCAGGGCUGCUGCGCGCUGGGAGGGGGCCCGGCCCAGGCAUGCCGCCCCCAGUCCAGCCUCUGUGCUCUCUCCCCAGGUUGCCUGUCCUGCCUGAAGAAUGCAGCCUGAACCUCACCUGCCUCAAUGGCAUCCCAUGUGAUGGUGGACCUCGGGGAGCCAACUGCAGCUGCCAGGAGGGCUCUGCUGGAGAGAGGUGUCAGAUCUCCUGUGACGCCAACCCCUGCUUGAACGGGGGCACCUGCCGGGCAGCCGGUGGGGUGUACGAAUGCAUCUGCAGCACAAGGUUCUCCGGCCAGUUCUGCGAAGUGGCGAAGGGCUUGCCGCUGCCGCUGCCAUUCCCGCUGCUGGAGGUGGCCGUGCCCGCAGCCUGCGCCUGCCUCCUCCUCCUCCUCUUGGGCCUCCUCUCAGGGAUCCUGGCAGCCAGGAAGCGCCGCCAGUCAGAGGGCACCUACAGCCCGAGCCAGCAGGAGGUGGCCGGGGCCCGGAUGGAGAUGGACAGCGUCCUCAAGGUGCCUCCUGAGGAGAGACUCAUUUAGACCCGCCUGGCUGCUGGCUCCAAUACCCAUGAGGUCAUGAAUGAUUUCUGCCUGGAGACCCAAGAAGGCCGCUUCCGGGAGCCUGUGGGGAAGUGGCCCAUCCCUCCCGGGCCUUGGGGAGCUGCUGCGGGCACAAGAUACCUGCUGGGGAACUGUCCCCUUUGCUGGCAGACCCCGUCUCUGCCCCAUUGUGGACUGAGGCAAAGGGGAGCACUCAGGGCAGCAGAGGGCCUGGCGAGGCGGUGGACAUCUCCAUCGAACCUGCUGGGUUUUGCCUCGGCAAGUGUGUGGCUGUGCAGCGCCAGGCACACGUGAGUGUAUUGAGUGUGUAUGUGUACUAGGUGUGUGUGUGCAAGGUGUGUGUGUACCUGGGGACUGUCGUUCUGCAGAUACUGCUGUGAAUGUGCUGGGCGGGGCCCACGGCCACGUCCACAUCUUUGCUGUGUGUACACGUGACUGUGUAGUAGGUGCCGGCCACCCCACGGAGGGGGAGGCUGGACUGUGGGGACAACUGUCAUAGCUCUGGGGCAGGGCAACCCAAGGCUGCACAUCCUCCAGGAGGCCAGGCCGGGGCUUGCCCAGGGACCAAAGCCCCAGCUCUGGAAUCUUCUCCCACCUCUGGAGGCUGCCUAUUGCCCUGGAGGCAGCUGGGAAAUCAGGGGCAGGCCGUAGCCAGAGGGCAGGUGGGCUCCUGGCCCCCAGGACAAAUGCUGCGUCGGGCAGAUCUGUCUCUGCCUUGCGCCAGAGCCAGGCCCACUUGGGAACAUAGGUCAUGGCUAGGGCAGACCUGAGGAGCAGAGGACAGGCUGUUCGGGGGUGUCUGGGCUCUGUGCAGCCCCCACCUCAGGGCUGGUCAUCUGUAGAAUGGGGAAAGCAGGCCCUGCCUACCUCACAGGGUUGUUGUGAGGAUUGGUGGGGACAAUGGGGAAAGAACGCGAAGUCGUUAAAUUCAGGUCUACUGUGAAGGGCCGUCUGUGUCUUCCUAAGGCAUCAGGAACGGUUGUCUCCCCUGGCCUAAGUUGAGGGAAAGUGCUGGGCAAGGGUUCUCCCUGGGGGCGAUGAGGAAGAAGCGACCCUUCCCCCACCCCCUCCAGUCCUCCCCAACACCUCCCGGUUCUCCAGCCCCUCGGACGCCACCGGCCAAGCUGCCUGCUCCUUCACCUGCAGAUCAGUCACCUCUCGAAAUGGCUGUGGGGAGGACUCGCAGGAAGCCCUCAGUUGUGUGCUGGGAACGCUGGGCCGCCUGUGUGUUGGGGCUGGUCCUGCAGACAGACAGAUGCAGGAUGAACUUGCUGCUUUGCUUCCAGUCUCUCCCCUGGUGGUCUUAUCACACCGGGGGCUCUGAGGACCUGGCCUCCUCAGAGCUACACACAGUCCCUCUGUCCCUGACCUGGAGAUGUAGCCUUUCAUCCUUCCUGUUUCCCAGGCCAGUGCUUCCUGUACCGAUUUGCCAAGGUCAGGAAGCCCCUUUACACUUUCGGAUUGGAGGCUGACUUUCCCCAGCUCCUGGAGGCACAGGAGUCAUAUUUGAGGUGGAGCUUGUGGUGGUGGGGG